AUGUGUGAAACAGGGCUGAAAGACUGGGCUCAGGAUGGGGACCACAGGAUAAUUCAGGAAGAAACAUCACCCUGUGAAUUGGUGAAAGUAAGACAACAUUUGGUUAUGUAUGGAUAAUCUUCUAACAUUUGUGUGUGUGAGGGGGAGAAAGAGAGAGAGAGUGUGAGAGAUACCAUUCUACCAGAUCACUAACAGGUCCUAUUGCAUUUCCAGCUCCACAUCCCUCUGCGGCUGCUGUGUGGAAGGCUGCUGUUCACCUGUAAUGCUGUGAUGUGGACCUUCUUCUCCAAGGCUCUGAGACCCUCCUCCUCCUCAGCCCGGGCCACGGUCACCACCACCGCAUCCAGCUCAGCUAUCCUCUGUGAGUACGGCAACUGGUUGAUGUCCAUCAGGGGAUGUAUUCAUAAAAUGUCUCAGAGUAGGACUGCUGGACCUUAGGAUCAAUUUCGCCUUUUAGAUCAUAAUGAUUAAGCCAGGGGGAUCUGAUCCCAGAUCAGCACUCCUCCUACUCUGAGACGCUUUAUGAAUACAACCCCAGAUCUCAGUUAUCCACUUUAAAUGAACAACACAUUUACAGUACAGUAGGCCUUUGCAGAAAGUAUAAAAUGUUGGCACUAUAGAACAUUGACCAUAAGACCAUAGUGCAGGGUCAGGCAACCCUGUUCCUGGAGUUCCGCAUGUAUUGCAGGAUUUUGUUCCAACCAGUUACCACACCAGACCAACUGAGCUAAUUGAUCAGUUCAGUGAUUGACUAAAUUCAACACCCUUGGUCUUCUUCCAGUUCGGUUAAAUACAGGCUACUUAGCAGAUCGGGGUUCAGAUUAAGGCCUGUCAAUGUGCAAUCAUUCAGUGAUUUAGGCCUACUCCCUUGCAUGGGAUCACGCAUUGAAUAUAAUUUGGAGUUUAGUGGCCAGUCUCUUUUAUGACUGUGUGAUGUGGAAGGUAGUAGGUAGUAGGAUUCUCUGCGUCUUCGUUGUCCACCCAUUUCACAAUUCCCUGCCUUUUGUAGUCCUGAACAUCUUCGUUAUAUUUCUCAUACUGUGGUACGUUGGAUUGGAACUUUCUUAAAAACCGUCGUUUAAAUAAAAAGAUUCCAACUUUCAUAUGGAACCAAAAAUGGUUAUAUCGCUUGCGUUAAUACAGUGGCUUGCAAAAGUAUUCAUCCCCCUUGGCGUUUUUACUAUUUUGUUGCAUUACAACCUGUAAUUUAAAUUGAUUUUUAUUUGGAUUUCAUGUAAUGGACAUACACAUAAUAGUCCAAAUUGGUGAAGUGGAAUGAAAAAAAUAACUUGUUUCAAAAAAUUCUAAAAAAUAAAUAACGGAAAAGUGGUGCGUGCAUAUGUAUUCACCCCCUUUGCUAUGAAGCCCCUAAAUAAGAUCUGGUGCAACCAAUUACCUUCAGAAGUUAGUUAAAUAAAGUCCACCUGUGUGCAAUCUAAGUGUCACAUAAUCUUAGUAUAUAUACACCUGUUCUGAAAGGCCCCAGAGUCUGCAACACCACUAAGCAAGGGGCACCACCAAGCAAGCAGCACCAUGAAGACCAAGGAGCUCUCCAAACAGGUCAGGGACAGAGUUGUGGAGAAGUACAGAUCAGGGUUGGGUUAUAAAAAAAUAUCAGAAACUUUGAACCUCCCACGGAGCACCAUUAAAUCCAUUAUUAAAAAAUGGAAAGAAUAUGGCACCACAACAAACCUGCCAAGAGAGGGCCGCCCACCAAAACUCACAGACCAGGCAAGGAGGGCAUUAAUCAGAGAGGCAACAAAGAGACCAAAGAUAACCCUGAAGGUGCUGCAAAGCUCCACAGUGGAGAUUGGAGUAUCUGUCCAAUCACUUUAAGCCAUACACUCCACAGAGCUGGGCUUUAUGGAAGAGUGGCCAGAAAAAAGCCAUUGCUUAAAGAAAAAAAUAAUCAAACACGUUUGGUGUUCGCCAAAAGGCAUGUGGGAGACUCCCCAAACAUAUGGAAGAAGGUACUCUGGUCAGAUGAGACUAAAAUUGAGCUUUUUGGCCAUUAAGGAAAACGCUAUGUCUGGCGCAAACCCAACACCUCUCAUCACCCCGAGAACACCAUCCCAGGCCUAAAUCACUGAAUGAUUGCACAUUGACAGGCCUUAAUCUGAACCCCGAUCUGCUAAGUAGCCUGUAUUGCUAAAAUUCAGAGAACACAAGGUAGAAUAUAUGGCAGAUUUCUAUGUGUAGAAGUGUCCAAACUAAGAGGUCCAAUUGCAAACCAAGAGGUCAAAUUACGCACAAUGAGAAUGGCCAGAGUUGCAUUCUGAAUUUCAUCCAGGCCAUUUCUACUUCCAGCAACCAUAGGACACCUUCUGAAGAAAUACGAAAGCGAGCAUACUGUCUGAAGUUACCACAAUCCUGAACGAGUGACUGACUGUACGUGGACGUUUUCAUCUGUGGUGCAGAGCGCGCGCUCAGGCUGCAGCCAACCUCUCCAUGAACGCGAAGGAGAUAGGAGGCUAAUGCAGGACACAGCAAUGCCAUUAUGCUAGUGGACAAAAACUUAAGCAAGGCAUAUUGAUUGAAAACUUGGAAUUUAAUAAUCAAAACACUGUUCUGAAAGUAGGACCUGGAGAACGGACGACUUUGUAUUCGAGCUGCGCAAUGGAGUUGAUACAGGACAGAAAUAACAGUGAAGUGGUGUGUUAGUCUGCACCACGGAUCUUUGAUCUGAUUGGAUCCCGAUCCGAUCGCCAUUCACUCCAUUCCUCCCGCAGCUUAGAAUGCUUAGUCUUAUAAUAUAGAUUGAACAAAAUAAAAAUGCAAUUUUGAAGCCUUACUUUGGCAGUAAAAUUAUAGCAACAAGAGUCUGUAUAUGUUAGAUUAUUAUUUUUUUUAUUUUUUUAUCAUACCAUCUCAUUAGCACUGUGAAUGACUUCAUACCAUUAUUACUCAUUAUUUGUCAUUGAAAACAGGAGGUGAUUCUGGUGAUGUCCUGGGCCUGUUUGAAUGAUUUGUCCAUCAAAAUUAAUGAUCGAAUGUCUACUUGUGUCAGACACAAUGAUGAUGUAAUUUAACACAUUUGGCAUAUGGUUGACAUCACAAUAGCCCACAAGACCGCAGCCAGUGCAAUGCAGGAAAUCAGCCUUGUGCUUAUUGUUAAAAUGACUAAUAAAAAUUGUGUAAAUAAACUCAGCACAAAACAAUUUUUGAAGCAGAAGCCGUGGCGGCAAAUCGGACAGUGAGGAGUCAGACAGGAUGUUCUGGUGCUCACCUCUCUGACUACACAUUUAUAAACAACCUCUGUAGUAAUGAUUCAAUACAGGUACUUUAUAAAUACUUUAUAAAUGUUUUGAGUGAUCAGUGUAAUUUCUCACAAAAACAUGGACAUGCCAUUCCAACAGUACCUGAUGCAACCCCCUAAUGUCGAUGUCCGCGCCCCCGCCGAAAUUUAAUUUGCAUAAUACAUGAGUCCUCAUAAAAAUCUGUCAGUUUAAACUAGAGAUAUCUGUUUUUUUUGCAUUGGAUGUGUCUCAGUCCACCACACUAUGUCGCACUUCUGUAUAUGCAGUGAAUGGUGACAGAUCUAGAGCUGUGUUUGUCAGACCAUGAGACAUCACGAAAAUGGAAGUAUACAGUAUAUGGACACCAUGUACUGCCAAAAAUAAGGGGUUGAAUACAUGUAAAAUAUAUAUAUAUAUACAGUAUAUAUAUAUAUAUAUGUAUAUAUAUAUAUAUAUAUAUACAGUGGGGAGAACAAGUAUUUGAUACACUGCCGAUUUUGCAGGUUUACCUACUUACAAAGCAUGUAGAGGUCUGUUAUUUUUUAUCAUAGGUACACUUCAACUGUGAGAGACGGAAUCUAAAACAAAAAUCCAGAAAAUCACGUUGUAUGAUUUUUAAGUAAUUAAUUUGCAUUUUAUUGCAUGACAUAAGUAUUUGAUACAUCAGAAAAGCAGAACUUAAUAUUUGGUACAGAAACCUUUGUUUGCAAUUACAGAGAUCAUACGUUUCCUGUAGGUCUUGACCAGGUUUGCACACACUGCAGCAGGGAUUUUGGCCCACUCCUCCAUACAGACCUUCUCCAUAUCCUUCAGGUUUCGGGGCUGUCGCUGGGCAAUACGGACUUUCAGCUCCCUCCAAAGAUUUUCUAUUGGGUUCAGAUCUGGAGACUGGCUAGGCCACUCCAGGAUCUUGAGAUGCUUCUUACGGAGGCACUCCUUAGUUGCCCUGGCUGUGUGUUUCGGGUCGUUGUCAUGCUGGAAGACCCAGCCACGACCCAUCUUCAAUGCUCUUACUGAGGGAAGGAGGUUGUUGGCCAAGAUCUCGUGAUACAUGGCCCCAUCCAUCCUCCCCUCAAUACGGUGCAGUCGUCCUGUCCCCUUUGCAGAAAAGCAUCCCUAAAGAAUGAUGUUUCCACCUCCAUGCUUCACAGUUGUGAUGGUGUUCUUGGGGUUGUACUCAUCCUUCUUCUUCCUCCAAACACGGCGAGUGGAGUUUAGACCAAAAAUCUCUAUUUUUGUCUCAUCAGACCACAUGACCUUCUCCCAUUCCUCCUCUGGAUCAUCCAGAUGGUCAUUGGCAAAUUUCAGACGAGCCUGGACAUGCGCUGGCUUGAGCAGGGGGACCUUGCGUGCGCUGCAGGAUUUUAAUCCAUGACGGCGUAGUGUGUUACUAAUGGUUUUCUUUGAGAUUGUGGUCCCAGCUCUCUUCAGGUCAUUGACCAGGUCCUGCCGUGUAGUUCUGGGCUGAUCCCUCACCUUCCUCAUGAUCAUUGAUGCCCCACGAGGUGAGAUCUUGCAUGGAGCCCCAGACCGAGGGUGAUUGACUGUCAUCUUGAACUUCUUUCAUUUUCUAAUAAUUGCGCCAACAGUUGUUGCCUUCUCACCAAGCUGCUUGCCUAUUGUCCUGUAGCCCAUCCCAGCCUUGUGCAGGUCUACAAUUUUAUCCCUGAUGUCCUUACACAGCUCUCUGGUCUUGGCCAUUGUGGAGAGGUUGGAGUCUGUUUGAUUGAGUGUGUGGGCAGGUGUCUUUUAUACAGGUAACGAGUUCACACAGGUGCAGUUAAUACAGGUAAUGAGUGGAGAACAGGAGGGCUUCUUAAAGAAAAACUAACAGGUCUGUGAGAGACGGAAUUCUUACUGGUUGGUAGGUGAUCAAAUACUUAUGUCAUGCAAUAAAAUGCAAAUUAAUUACUUAAAAAUCAUACAACGUGAUUUUCUGGAUUUUUGUUUUAGAUUCCGUCUCUCACAGUUGAAGUGUACCUAUGAUAAAAAUUACAGACCUCUACAUGCUUUGUAAGUAGGAAAACCUGCAAAAUCGGCAGUGUAUCAAAUACUUGUUCUCCCCACUGUAUAUAUUUAAAAGUUUACUAAUCUUUCUUAUACAGUGGGGAGAACAAGUAUUUGAUACACUGCCGAUUUUGCAGGUUUUCCUACUUACAAAGCAUGUAGAGGUCUGUAAUUUUUAUCAUAGGUACACUUCAACUGUGAGAGACGGAAUCUAAAACAAAAAUCCAGAAAAUCACAUUGUAUGAUUUCUAAGUAAUUAAUUUGCAUUUUAUUGCAUGACAUAAGUAUUUGAUCACCUACCAACCAGUAAGAAUUUCGUCUCUCACAGACCUGUUAGUUUUUCUUUAAGAAGCCCUCCUGUUCUCCACUCAUUACCUGUAUUAACUGCACCUGUUUGAACUCGUUACCUGUAUAAAAGACACCUGUCCACACACUCAAUCAAACAGACUCCAACCUCUCCACAAUGGCCAAGACCAGAGAGCUGUGUAAGGACAUCAGGGAUACAAUUGUAGACCUGCACAAGGCUGGGAUGGGCUACAGGCCAAUAGGUAAGCAGCUUGGUGAGAAGGCAACAACUGUUGGCGCAAUUAUUAGAAAAUGGAAGAAGUUCAAGAUGACGGUCAAUCACCCUCGGUCUGGGGCUCCAUGCAAGAUCUCACCUCGUGGGGCAUCAAUGAUCAUGAGGAAGGUGAGGGAUCAGCCCAGAACUACACGGCAGGACCUGGUCAAUGACCUGAAGAGAGCUGGGACCACAGUCUCAAAGAAAACCAUUAGUAACACACUACGCCGUCAUAGAUUAAAAUCCUGCAGCGCACGCAAGGUCCCCCUGCUCAAGCCAGCGCAUGUCCAGGCCCGUCUGAAGUUUGCCAAUGACCAUCUGGAUGAUCCAGAGGAGGAAUGGGAGAAGGUCAUGUGGUCUGAUGAGACAAAAAUAGAGCUUUUUGGUCUAAACUCCACUCGCCGUGUUUGGAGGAAGAAGAAGGAUGAGUACAACCCCAAGAACACAAUCCCAACCGUGAAGCAUGGAGGUGGAAACAUCAUUCUUUGGGGAUGCUUUUCUGCAAAGGGGACAGGACGACUGCACCGUAUUGAGGGGAGGAUGGAUGGGGCCAUGUAUCACGAGAUCUUGGCCAACAACCUCCUUCCCUCAGUAAGAGCAUUGAAGAUGGGUCGUGGCUGGGUCUUCCAGCAUGACAACGACCCGAAACACACAGCCAGGGCAACUAAGGAGUGGCUCCGUAAGAAGCAUCUCAAGGUCCUGGAGUGGCCUAGCCAGUCUCCAGACCUGAACCCAAUAGAAAAUCUUUGGAGGGAGCUGAAAGUCUGUAUUGCCCAGCGACAGCCCCGAAACCUGAAGGAUCUGGAGAAGGUCUGUAUGGAGGAGUGGGCCAAAAUCCCUGCUGCAGUGUGUGCAAACCUGGUAAAGACCUACAGGAAACGUAUGAUCUCUGUAAUUGCAAACAAAGGUUUCUGUACCAAAUAUUAAGUUCUGCUUUUCUGAUGUAUCAAAUACUUAUGUCAUGCAAUAAAAUGCAAAUGAAUUACUUAAAAAUCAUACAAUGUGAUUUUCUGGAUUUUUGUUUUAGAUUCCGUCUCUCACAGUUGAAGUGUACCUAUGAUAAAAUUACAGACCUCUACAUGCUUUGUAAGUAGGAAAACCUGCAAAAUCGGCAGUGUAUCAAAUACUUGUUCUCCCCACUGUAUCUCUCACAUAUAGGACAGACAAUUCAGAACAAGCUUCCUUUGAUUUUUUUCUGGGGACAAUCUGUUGUUCCAUGUAGUGAAUAUUUUAUUCAAUGCGUUUGUAUGGGUUAAUAGCAGUAAGGCCAAAUACAAUUUUUCAUCAAAAUGUUUUAUACACUGCUCAAAAAAAUAAAGGGAACACUAAAAUAACACAUCCUAGAUCUGAAUGAAUGAAAUAAUCUUAUUAAAUACUUUUUUCUUUACAUAGUUGAAUGUGCUGACAACAAAAUCAAACAAACAUUAUCAAUGGAAAUCAAAUUUAUCAACCCAUGGAUGUGACACUCUGGCUCCGGGACUUUUGUAUUUGAGCCAGGGUGUAUUUGUUUUGUUGGGUUUUGUUGUGGGGUUUGUUGUAUAGGGUGUAUUCGGUUGGUUGUGUUUUGGGUGAGUUAAUUGUGGUGUCGUGUGACUCCCAAUCGGAGGUAACGAGUGUCAGCUGUCGGCUCGUUAUCUCUGAUUGGGAGCCAUAUUUAAACUAUUUGUGUUCUCAUGAGGGUUGUGGGUUUUUGUUCCGUUUCGGUUAGUUAACCGUGGACUUCAUGAGUCGUCUUUUGUUUUGUAGUUACGUGCUUUCUUUAUUAAAGUCAUCAUGUUCACUCAACGCGCUGCGUAUUGGUCUGCUCCCUUUAUAGACGAUCGUGACAGAAAAACCCACCAUAGAAGGACCAAGCAGCGUAUCCAGGAACACCCGCAGGAGAGAACGCUGGUGGAUGUCCUCCUCGGCUGGGGACAUAUUACGCAGGAGGAGGCCGUCCGGUACCGGAGGGCGAUGACGGGGGAGAACCUGGCAGGAGAGGAGCAACGGCGUCGGCAGGGCCAUCGUCGGAGGGACGAGAGGCAACCCCAAAAAGUUUUUUGGGGGGGGCACAUGGCUUGGGCGGCUGGGCAGCAGGAGGCUGCCACAGGGAGACGUGGAGAGAAGGCUAUCGGAUUACGGGAGCCAUUGGCGAGUAGAGGAAGGGAAGUUGUUGCGGCACGGCGUGAGAGACUGAUGUGUGUUACCAGUCCGGUCCGGCCCGUUCCUGAUCCCCAGUUAAAGCCAGUGGUGUGUGUUCCCAGUACGGACCGGCCUGUUCCUACUCCACGCAUCAAGCCCACGGUGUGCGUCGCCAGUACAGCCCGGCCUGUUCCUGCCACUCGCACCAAACCUACGGUGCGCGUCGCCAGCCCGACCCGGCCUGUUCCUGCCACUCGCACCAAACAUACGGUGCGCGUCGCCAGCCCGGUCCGGCCUGUUCCUGCCACCCGCACCAGGUCUACGGUGUGCGUCGCCAGCCGAGCCCGGCCUGUUCCUGCUCCCCGCACUAGCCCUGAGAUGCGUGUCCUCAGCCCGGGACCACCAGUUCCGGCACCACGCACUAGGCCUUAUGUGCGUCCCCAGGGUCCAGCAUGCCCUGUUCCUUCUCCCCGCACUAGCCCUGAGAUGCGUGUCCUCAGCCCGGGACCACCAGUUCCGGCACCACGCACCAGGCCUAUAGUGCGUCUCGGCCGGCCAGAGUCUGCCGUCUGCCCAACGGCGCCUGAACUGCCCGUCUGCCCAACGGCGCCUGAACUGCCCGUCUGCCCAACGGCGCUUGAACUGCCCGUCUGCCCAACGGCGCCUGAACUGCCUGUCUGCCCAACGCCGUCUGAACUGUCCGUCUGCCAAGCGCUGCAUAAGCCGCCCGUCUGCCAUGAGCCUUCAGAGCCGUCCGCCAGACCGGAGCCGCUAAAGCCUUCCGCCAGACAGGAUCAGCCAGAGCCUUCCGCCAGACAGGAUCAGCCAGAGCCUUCCGCCAGACAGGAUCAGCCAGAGCCUUCCGCCAGACAGGAUCAGCCAGAGCCUUCCGCCAGACAGGAUCAGCCAGAGCCUUCCGCCAGACAGGAUCAGCCAGAGCCUUCCGCCAGACAGGAUCAGCCAGAGCCUUCCGCCAGACCGGAUCAGCCAGAGCCUUCCGCCAGACAGGAUCAGCCAGAGCCUUCGGCCAGACGGGAUCAGCCAGAUCCGUCAGCCUGCCAUGAGCAGCCAGAUCCGUCGGCCAGCCAUGAGCAGCCAGAUCCGUCGGCCAGCCAUGAGCAGCCAGAUCCGUCGGCCAGCCAUGAGCAGCCAGAUCCGUCAGCCAGCCAUGAGCAGCCAGAUCCGUCAGCCAGCCAUGAGCAGCCAGAUCCGUCGGCCAGCCAUGAGCAGCCAGAUCCGUCGGCCAGCCAUGAGCAGCCAGAUCCGUCGGCCAGCCAUGAGCAGCCAGAUCCGUCGGCCAGCCAUGAGCAGCCAGAUCCGUCAGCCAGCCAUGAGCAGCCAGAUCCUUCAGCCAGCCAUGAGCCGUCCAGCCAGGAUCCGCCAGAGCCGUCCAGCCAGGAUCCGCCAGAGCCAGCCAGCCAGGAUCCGCCAUUGAGUCCGGUGCUGUCCCUUAGCCCGGUGCUGUCCCUUAGCCCGGUGCUGCCCCUUAGUCCGGUACUGCCCCUUAGUCCGGUGCUGCCCCUUAGUCCGGUGCUGCCCUUUAGUCCGGUGCCGCCCCUUAAUCCAGGUGGGGUAAGUUGGAGGGUGGUCAUGUGGAGGAGGCUAGGGAAGCGGGUGGUGACUAAGGUGGGGUGGGGACCACGACCAGGGCCAGAACCGCCACCGUGGACAGACGCCCACCCAGACCCUCCCCUAGACUGUAUGCUGGUGCGCCCGGAGUGCGCACCUUUAGGGGGGGGUACUGUGACACUCUGGCUCCGGGACUUUUGUAUUUGAGCCAGGGUGUAUUUGUUUUGUUGGGUUUUGUUGUGGGGUUUGUUGUAUAGGGUGUAUUCGGUUGGUUGUGUUUUGGGUGAGUUAAUUGUGGUGUCGUGUGACUCCCAAUCGGAGGUAACGAGUGUCAGCUGUCGGCUCGUUAUCUCUGAUUGGGAGCCAUAUUUAAACUAUUUGUGUUCUCAUGAGGGUUGUGGGUUUUUGUUCCGUUUCGGUUAGUUAACCGUGGACUUCAUGAGUCGUCUUUUGUUUUGUAGUUACGUGCUUUCUUUAUUAAAGUCAUCAUGUUCACUCAACGCGCUGCGUAUUGGUCUGCUCCCUUUAUAGACGAUCGUGACAAUGGAGGUCUGGAUUUCGAAUCACCCUCAAAAUUAAAGUGGAAAACCACACUACAGGCUGAUCCAACUUUGAUGCAAUGUCCUUAAAACAAGUCAAAAUGAGGCUCAGUAGUGUGUGUGGCCUCCACGUGCCUGUAUGACCUCCCUACAACACCUGGGCAUGCUCCUGAUGAGGUGGCGGAUGGUCUCCUGAGGGAUCUCCUCCCAGACCUGGACUAAAGCAUCCGCCAACUCCUGGACAGUCUGUGGUGUAACGUGGCGUUGGUGGAUGGAGCGAGACAUGAUGUCCCAGAUGUGCUCAGUUGGAUUCAGGUCUGGGGAACGGGCGGGCCAGUCCAUAGCAUCAAUGCCUUCCUCUUGCAGGAACUGCUGACAAACUCCAGCCACAUGAGGUCUAGCAUUGUCUUGCAUUAGGAGGAACCCAGGGCAAACCGCACCAGCAUAUGGUCUCACAAGGGGUCUGAGGAUCUCAUCUCGGUACCUAAUGGCAGUCAGGCUACCUCUGGCGAGCACAUGGAGGGCUGUGCGGCCCCCCCAAAGAAAUGCCACCCCACACCAUGACUGACCCACCGCCAAACCGGUCAUGCUGGAGGAUGUUGCAGGCAGCAGAACGUUCUCCACGGCGUCUCCAGACUCUGUCACGUCUGUCACAUGUGCUCAGUGUGAACCUGCUUUCAUCUGUGAAGAGCACAGGGCGCCAGUGGCGAAUUUGCCAAUCUUGGUGUUCUCUGGCAAAUGCCAAACGUCCUGCACGGUGUUGGGCUGUAAGCACAACCCCCACCUGUGGACGUCGGGCCCUCAUACCACCCUCAUGGAGUCUGUUUCUGACCGUUUGAGCAGACACAUGCACAUUUGUGGCCUGCUGGAGGUCAUUUUGCAGGGCUCUGGCAGUGCUCCUCCUGCUCCUCCUUGCACAAAGGUGGAGGUAGCAGUCCUGCUGCUGGGUUGUUGCCCUCCUACGGCCUCCUCCACGUCUCCUGAUGUACUGGCCUGUCUCCUGGUAGCACCUCCAUGCUCUGGACACUACGCUGACAGACACAGCAAACCUUCUUGCCACAGCUCGCAUUGAUGUGCCAUCCUGGAUGAGCUGCACUACCUGAGCCACUUGUGUGGGUUGUAGACGCCGUCUCAUGCUACCACUAGAGUGAAAGCACCGCCAGCAUUCAAAAGUGACCAAAACAUCAGCCAGGAAGCAUAGGAACUGAGAAGUGGUCUGUGGUCACCACCUGCAAAACCAGUCCUUUAUUGGGGGUGUCUUGUUAAUUGCCUAUAAUUUCCACCUGUUGUCUAUUCCAUUUGCACAACAGCAUGUGAAAUGUAUUGUCAAUCAGGGUUGCUUCCUAAGUGGACAGUUUGAUUUCACAGAAGUGUGAUUGACUUGGAGUUACAUUGUGUUGUUUAAGUGUUCCCUUUAUUUUUUUGAGCAGUGUAUAUAUAUUUUUGAUACUUCAAGGGGUCUUAAAGGUAAAAAUAAAAUAGCUAAAUUAUCCUUGUUAUGACCAUCUUAAAACUAUGCCAAAGCUUAUUAUUUAGUUUAACACUUAUUUGGUUACUACAUGAUUCCAUAUGUGAUGUUUCAUAGUUCUGAUGUCUUCACUAUUAUUCUACAAUAUAGAAAAUAGGAAAAAUAAAUGAAAACCCUGGAAUGAGUAGGUGUGUCCAAACUUUUGACUGGUACUGCAUUCAGAAAGUAUUCAGACCCCUUCACUUUUUCCACAUUUUGUUACGUUACAGCCUUAUUCUAAAAUUGAUUAAAUCAAGGUUUUUCCUCAUCAAUCUACACACAAUACCCCAUAAUGACAAAGUGAAAACAGGUUUUUAGAAAGUUUUGCAAAUGUAUUAAAAAUAAAAAACAGAAAUACCUUAUUUACAUAAGUAUUCAGACCCUUGGCUAUGAGACUCGAAAUUGAACUCAGGUGGAUCCUGUUUCCAUUUAACAUCCUUGAGAUAUUUCUACAACUUGAUUGGAGUCCACCUGUGGUAAAUUCAAUUGAUUGGACAUGAUUUGGAAAGGCACACACCUGUCUAUAUAAGGUCCCACAGUUAACAGUGCAAAAAAACCAAGCCAUGAGGUUGAAGGAAUUGUUGUAGAGCUCCGAGACAAGAUUGUGUCGAGGCACAGAUCUGGGGAAGGGUACCAAAACAUUUCUGCAGCAUUGAAGGUCCCCAAGAACACAGCGGGCUCCAUCAUUCUUAAAUGGAAGAACUGAGCAAUCGGGGGAGAAGGGCCUUGGUCAGGGAGGUGACCAAUACCCGAUGUCCACUCUGACAGAGCUCCAGAGUUCCUCUGUGGUUAUUGGGAGAACCUUCCAGAAGGACAACCAUCUCUGCAGCACUCCACCAAUCAGGCCUUUAUGGUAGAGUGGCCAGACGGAAACCACUCCUCAGUAAAAGCCACAUGACAGCCCGCUUGAAGUUUGCCAAAAGGCACCUAAAGACUCUCAGACCAUGAGAAACAAGAUUCUCUGGUCUGAUGAAACCAAGAUUGAACUCUUUGGCCUGUAUGCCAAGCGUCACAUUUGGAGGAAACCUGGCACCAUCCCCACGGUGAAGCAUGGUGGUGGCAGCAUCAUGCUGUGCGGAUGUUUUUCAGCGGCAUGGACUGGGAGACUAGUCAGGAUCGAGGGAAAGAUGAACGGAGCAAAGUACAGAGAGAUCCUUGAUGAAAACCUGCUCCAGAGCGAUCAGGACCUCAGACUGGGGCGAAGGUUUACCUUCCAACAGGACAACGACUCUAAGCACACAGCCAAGACAAUGCAGGAGUGGCUUCGGGAAAAGUCUCUGAAUGUCAUUUAGUGAACCAGCCAGAGCCCGGACUUGAACCCGAUCGAACAUCUCUGGAGAGACCUGAAAAUAGCUGUGCAGCGACGCUCCCCAUCCAACCUGACAGAUCUUGAGAGGAUCUGCAGAGAAGAAUGGGAGAAACUUCCCAAAUACAGGUGUGCCAAGCUUGUUUCGUCAUACCCAAGAAGACACAAGGCUGUAAUCAGUCCUUCAACAAAGUACUGAGUAAAGGGUCUGAAUACUUAUGUAAAUGUGAUAUUUGUUUAUUUAUUUUUAAUACAUUUGCAAAAAUUUCUAAAAACCUGUUGUUGCUUUGUCAUUAUGUGAUAUUGUGUUUAGAUUGAUGAGGGGAAAAAACGAUUUAAUCCAUUUUAGAAUAAGGCCAUCUACCUACUUUUUCAUCUAUAACCGUUGGUUAUAGAACUGUUGGUUCCAGAACUGUUGGUUCCAGAACUGUUGGUUCCAGAACUGUUGGUUAUAGAACUGUUGGUUCCAGAACUGUUGGUUCCAGAACUGUUGGUUAUAGAACUGUUGGUUAUAGAACUGUUGGUUAUAGAACUGUUGGUUCCAGAACUGUUGGUUAUAGAACUGUUGGUUAUAGAACUGUUGGUUAUAGAACUGUUGGUUAUAGAACUGUUGGUUAUAGAACUGUUGGUUCCAGAACUGUUGGUUAUAGAACUGUUGGUUAUAGAACUGUUGGUUAUAGAACUGUUGGUUCCAGAACCGUUGGUUAUAGAACUGUUGGUUCCAGAACCGUUGGUUAUAGAACUGUUGGUUCCAGAACCGUUGGUUAUAGAACUGUUGGUUCCAGAACCGUUGGUUAUAGAACUGUUGGUUCCAGAACCGUUGGUUAUAGAACUGUUGGUUCCAGAACUGUUGGUUCCAGAACCGUUGGUUCCAGAACCGUUGGUUAUAGAACUGUUGGUUCCAGUGCGCCUGUUUUGCGCACUGGACUGUUUUGAUCCAUUACUGCGUAACUCUGUUUUCCGGAAUAAAUCUAGUUUUUUUGUGAUUUACCCUCCUGCGCCUGACUCCUUCAAAUCACCCAUCACAAUAACUAUAACCAGUCACUACAUUUUUGUCAUUUUAGCAGACAGUCUUAUCCAGUGCAUACCUCAUUUAUUUUUCAUACUGGCCCCCCGUGUUUUGUAUACAUCUGGCCCUUCAUUGGACACUGUGUUAACAAACCUCCAAACGAGCUUCAAUGCCAUACAACAAUCCUUCAGUAGCCUCCAACUGCUCUUAAACACUAGUAAAACUAAAUGCAUGCUUUUCAAUCGAACGCUGCUGGCACCCGCCCACCCGACUAGAAUCACCACUCUCGACGGGUCUGACCUAGAGUAUGUGGACAACUACAAAUACCUAGGUGUCUGGUUAGACUGUAAACUCAACUUCCAGACUCACAUAAAUAAUCUCCAAUCCAAAGUUAAAUCUAGAAUCGGCUUCCUAUUUCGCAACAAAGCCUCCUUCACUCAUGCUGCCAAACAUGCCCUCGUAAAACUGACUAUCCUACCGAUCCUUGACUUCGGCGAUGUCAUUUACAAAAUAGCCUCCAACACUCUACUCAGCAAAUUGGAUGUAGUCUAUCACAGUGCCAUCCGUUUUGUCUCCAAAGCCCCAUACACUACCCACCACUGUGACCUGUACGCUCUUGUUGGCUGGUCCUCACUACAUGUUCGUCGUCAAACCCACUGGCUCCAGGCCAUCUAUAAAUCACUGCUAGGCAAAUCCCCGCCUUAUCUUAGCUCAUUGGUCACCAUAGCAGCACCCACCCGUAGUCUGCGCUCCAGCAGGUAUAUCUCACUGGUCAUUCCCAAAGCCAACACCUCCUUUGGCCGCCAUUCCUUCCAGUUCUCUGCUGCCAAUGACUGGAACGAAUUGCAAAAAUCUCUGAAGCUGGAGACUCUUAUCUCCCUCAAUAACUUUAAGCAUCAGUUGUCAGAGCACCUUACCGAUCACUGCACCUGUACACAGCCCAUCUGAAAUUAGCCCACCCAACUACCUCAUCCCUAGAUUGUUAUUUAUUUUGCUCUUUUGCACCCCAGUAUCUCUAUUUGCACAUAAUCUCUUGCACAUCUAGCAUUCCAGUGUUAAUACUAUUGUAAUUAUUUUGCACUAUAGCCUAUUUAUUGCCUUACCUCCAUAACUUGCUACAUUUGCACACACUGUAUAUAUAUUUUCUGUUGUAUUUUUGACUUUAUGUUUUUUACCCCAUAUGUAACUCUGUGUUGUUUUUAUUGCACUGCUUUGCUUUAUCUUGGCCAGGUCGCAGUUGUAAAUGAGAACCUGUUCUCAACUGGCUUACCUGGUUAAAUAAAGGUGAAAUAAAAAAAUAAAAAAUAAAACCACAACACUGGCGUUGCAAACGCUAUGCUCUACCAACUGAGCUACAUCCCUGCCGGCCAUUCCCUCCCCUACCCUGGACGACGCUGGGCCAAGUGUGCGCCGCCCGAUGGGUCUGGAUUCGAACCAGGAUCUCUAGCAGCACAGCAACAAUGCAGUGCCUUAGACCACUGCGCCACUCGGGAGGUUGCAGACACUACCACUACUAUAACUAUAACCAGUCACUACCACUACUGUAACUAUAACCAGACACUACCACUACUAUAACUAUAACCAGUCACUACCAUUACUACUGCAGUCACUACCACUACUAUAACUAUAACCAGUCACUACCAUUACUACUGCAGUCACUACCACUUCUAUAACUAUAACCAGACACUACCACGACUUUCACUAUAACCAGUCACAACCAUUACUACUGUAGACACUACCACUACUAUAACUAUAACCAGACACUACCACCACUAUAACUAUAACCAGUCAAUACCAUUACUACUGGAGUCACUACCACUACUAUAUCUAUAACCAGUCACUACCAAUAAUGUAACUAUAACCAGUCACUACCACUACUAUAACUAUAACCAGUCACUACCACUACUGUAACUUAUUUCAAAACCUUUUCUUCAGGUUAAGUGACUGGUUAUAGUUAUAGUAGUGGAGUUUUGUAGGUUAUUAAAAAAAUGGAGGGCACUAAACCUGUAGACAGAUUUACCUAGAUCCAUAUAGACUAGAGGGACCUCAAGAGUUAACCAAUCCAGCGAGUGGGUUUGGUAGCUCAUUCUUUUAUACAUUAGCAACAAAGUGAGGUAAGUUGGAAGCUUGUGGAGCAGAGCUUUGUAAAGUGAUCUACAGGGCCUUAAUGAGGACCAGCCGACCUUCUGAUACAGGAUGCAGUGGUGAGUAUUAAACCUGUCACCUGUGAUAAAGCGAAGGGCGCUAUGGUAGAUGGCACCCAAAGGUUUUAGAGUAGUGGCUGCUGCAUCAUUCUGGUGUCACCAUAGUCAAGAGCUGGCAGGAAGUUGACUGUACAAUCUGCUUCCUGCUGUUUGUUUAAAGAGUUGAGCCAACUGUUUUAUUUUUGGGAUUGUUCUAAUUCUAGACAUACAGUUAGCCUACAUGUGGCAUUAUUUAAAUAUUCCCCAUGUAAUGUUAAUGGGACGCUAACAUGGCUACCAUAGAAUUACUAAAGAAAAGUCUUACCAGGAUGAUAGAUAUCUGACAAGACACAAACACAGGAAAGAGAGGAAACAGUGUUGAUCCACAAACUGAGCCCAGUCAAACCCAGCCCCAUCCUAACCCAGCUCAGCCCCAGCCUAACCCAGCUCAGUCCCAGCCUAACCCAGCCUAACCCAGUCCCAGCCUAACCCAGUCUAACCCAGCUCAGUCCCAGCCUAACCCAGCCUAACCCAGCCCAGCCCCAGCCUAACCCAGCUCAGUCCCAGACUAACCCAGCUCAGUCCCAGCCUAACCCAGCCUAACCCAGUCCCAGCCUAACCCAGUCUAACCCAGCUCAGUCCCAGCCUAACCCAGCCUAACCCAGCCCAGCCCCAGCCUAACCCAGCUCAGUCCCAGACUAACCCAGCUCAGUCCCAGCCUAACACAGCCUAACCCAGCCCAGCCCCAGCCUAACCCAGCACGGUCCCAGCCUAACCCAGCCUAACCCAGCCCAGCCCCAGCCUAACCCAGCUCAGUCCCAGCCUAACCCAGCCUAACCCAGCCCAGCCCCAGCCUAACCCAGCUCAGUCCCAACCUAACCCAGUCUAACCCAGCCCAGCCCUAGCCUAACCCAGCCCCAGCCUAACCCAGUCUAACCCAGCCCCAGCCUAACCCAUCUCAGUCCCAGCCUAACCCAGUCUAACCAAGCCCAGCCCCAGCCUAACCCAGCCCAGUCCAGCGUAACCCAGUCCAGCCCCAGGCUAGAUGGAGAUGGAGGGCCAGAUAACUACAGAGAAGAUAACAACCCAGGACUGGGAUAAACAUCUGCCCCACAUCUCCAAACACACACCAAUCACACUCCUGGCUGCCACAGAGAGGGAGACUACACACACACACACAACUGAACAGAAACAUGUUAAAGGGAACAGACUAAACACCGAAAGUGAGGACACCAUUCAAGAAACAACACAUGCCUAUUAGACUAAAUAAAGGUGAGCUGCUAAGAAGUUUUAUAAUACCAGAAGGCAGUCCUGAUAGUCCUGUUAUUAAGAGAAGAGUUCCUCAGAUAGCCAGUGGAAGUGGGUUUUAUUCAGUGUCGACUGCUAGAGUGUGUUGGUGCAGAUUAGAAUUCCUAAAAAAUCUGUUGUUUCCUCUGUAGUUGGGAAAGGAAGUAGAACUGUGCUCCUCUUCUGCUGCUCUUGUUUACUGGAGCUGGCCUUCCUGUUUUGAGAUUCCUACUGAUAGCGCUAAGAACUCUCUCUCUCUCUUUUUCCUCUGUCUCCGUCUCUCUCUCUCUGUCGUUCUCAGGCCCUCUCUCUCUUUUUCCUCUGUCUCCGUCUCCCUCUCUCUUUCAUUCUCAGGCCCUCUCUCUCUUUUUCCUCUGUCUCCGUCUCCCUCUCUCUGUCGUUCUCAGGCUCUCUCUCUCUCUUUUUCCUCUGUCUCCGUCUCCCUCUCUCUGUCGUUCUCAGGCUCUCUCUCUCUUUUUCCUCUGUCUCCGUCUCCCUCUCUCUGUCGUUCUCAGGCUCUCUCUCUCUCUGGUCCUUUUCUUCUUUCUAUCCCUCUCUUUCUUCUCCCCUCCCUCUCUCUCCUCUUCCCCUCCCUCUCUCUCCUCUUCCUCUUUCUCUCUCUCCUCUAGAUAAGGUAG